AUGGUCUGGCGCAAUCCGUCGCAGGCGACCCUCAACCGCGGCCCGGAGCCCGACGCCUCGCGACCGGCCGACCUCGAGCGCAGCAACACCGGCACCUCGAUCUCGACCUUCUUCUUCGGCAAGGCGACUCGUCACACGGUCGGUCGGCGCCCCGACGGCGACAGGACCGCACCCGCUCCGCUCCUCCCCUACCUCGCCUCGCGCUCCAACGCCUCGCCCACGCUCCCCCUCCGCGCCUCGAAGCUCCUCCAGGUCGAGAAGCUUCCGCGCGACGAGCGUAUCGUCGCGUGGCAGGCCGGGCGCGACGACGAGCUCGGCGGGCUCGAGCGGUGGCGCGCGCAGGUCGCGCGCGACGUGCGUUGGGAGGAGGACGAGGCCAAGUCGAAGGGCGAGGACGUGAGCGCCGUCGUCAGCGACUUCCAGAGCAUGUUGGAGACGUCGCUCUUCUCAACUUCGUUCGCGGUCGGGUCGCUCAAGCUCCCUCCGUCGCCGCUACAGCCCGACUCGCCCGUCGAGCACCUCGACCCGCUACAUCGCGACUCGAUGACGCUCCCGCCCGACGUGCACGCCGACGACGAGAUCGAGCGGGACGAGAACGGCUUUCCUUUCCCUCCUCCUCGCGACGCCUCUCUCGCCGCCGACCAGCCGCGCACCAUCGUCCGCAACGAGAUAGACCUCGUCCCGCCGACGGCAUACCGGUUCCCGACGAGCGCCGUCCCGCCGACGCCGCCGUUCCCCUCCCUCGUCCGCGUCGAGACCGCUCCGCCGUCCCCCAUCUCGCCGCACGAGCACGUCUCGCCUCCUCCUCGAUCGUCCUCCCUCCCGUUCCACGACCUCCUGCGCGUCUAUCCAUGCCCAUCGCCCUCCCUCUCAACACCCUCGCCCUCGUCGCUCGCCCCCUCUCCCUCGCACACGCUCCCGCCGCACUGCGGCCUCGUCCCGCCGAAAGCGGCCGCGCUCCUCGGCCUGUUCGACCCCUCGGCCCCCCUCCUGCGCCACGGCGCGACGGCAAGCCGAGCGCGCAACGACAGCGGCGACGCUGGGCGAGCGACGGCGGCCGAGAGCGCCGGAUACCGCGACUCGCUCGACUUGACCGACGCGGGCACGACGUCGUCGGCGCUCGUCGCGCCGAGCUACGGGACGGGUUUGAGCCUCGGCACCGGGCCCGGCGGCGGGUACCGCUCGGCGGCGGUCGGCGUCGCGCACGCGCACGCGCACGGCUCGAGCCUGUCGUCGCUCGCGUACUCGGCGCCGACGAGCUACGGCGGCGGCGGCACGGGCGGCGGCGACGGCGCUCGACGGCCCAAGCUGUCGCUCGACAUGACACGCGGCGCGCCUCGCCUCGUCGCGAGCCCGUCGACGCCGGCGGCGAGGUCCGGCUCGGGGAAGGGGCUCGUGCUCCACCGCGCCGGCAUGUCGUCCCUCCCCGAGCUGCACCACCCGCCCUCGUCGUCCAUGUCGUCCUCCUCUCGCGACCCGCACGCCCACCGCUCGAUCCACCCGGCGCCGGCGGCGCCCUGGGCGACCUGGGAGGCUGUCGAGCACGGCGACGAGCUCGAGGAGCUCGACCUCGACUCGAGCGCGUCCUCGUGCGACGCCGAGUCGGCCGUCGACGGCUUCAAUUUUGGGGCGCUCGCGCACCGCGUCGUCGGAGCGAGGCGCAGGAGGAAGAGCAGCUUCAAGUGA